CAAAAUUCUCAAAAAGACCCUCAUAAACCACCCCUAUCUCCCCUCCCAGACCCCCUAUGCCUACACCCCAGCCCUCUCCCCAUCCUCUACUCCACUUGCACCCCUCACUCCGCCCAGCUCCUCCCCUCGCUCCUCUGCCUCCCUUCCUUCCCAAGCCAUGCCUUCCACAUCCUCGACCAGGACCACCGCCUCAUGUACCAGUCCCACACGGCUAAGCUAGGCUUCUAGCCUAGCUAGGCUAGCCGUGAAGUGGGAGGACGGCUAUAAGAGACUAGGUCUCUGGUUCAGUGAGGAAGAGACUGCCAAGAAGUUUUAUCACAGAGUGAGUCAGGUUGGGAGAGAUGAGGGAGAGGAUAUAGUGGAGGAUGAGUAUGGGUGGGGACAGCCGAAGGGGUUGGAUAGGGUCUUGGAGAGGAUGGAUGGUAUUCCGAGUGUGGAGGAGGUGAGGAGGAAGAUGUUUAUGCCGUUGAGUGGAUGGGGGAGUGGGUAUUUUAGGGAGGAUGGGGAGGAACAGACGGAAAUGUUUCAGGAGAAGGGGAGUAGUGAUGAAGAGGUUGAGGAAGACUCUUGUUCUCAAACCAAACUUCCUCUUGAUCUAUCUUCUACUCAGACUUAUAGUAUUGAAGACUUUUAUGACCUUGAUAAGAAUCCUUUGAAUAGAGAAAACCCUCCACCGAUACCUAUCCCAUCUAAAGGCAAUCUAUACUCAAUUAAUCAUUUAAUCAAGAAGCAUGUUGCUGAAGAUAAGAAGAGAUUUAUUAGACUCUUCAAAUGCUAUGAAGAUGACUACCUGCGAUCUGCUAGAAACUUGUUCAAAAGCUUAGAAUAUGAUAUAGAGGAGAACAUAGUAGACCUUGAGUUGUUAUGUGAGUUCUUUGUCUUACUCUUAAAACUAUGCGACAAGCAUUUGGUAUGUAGACUCCUCGAUAAUUUAAAUUACCGUCUUUUGUUUGGAGCACUUGAGUACAACCCUAAUGGGAGAGGAUUCCUUGCUGAAUACAGAAAAGAAAUAGAUGACCCUGAGAGAUACAAACACCUUUCCUUACUCAACUUGAAGGAGUAUAUGAAUCAAACUAAGCAGGUUUAUAGGCUGAUUUAUUUGAAGAAGAUACUUCUGCAUUUUGGAGUAAAUGAUACCUUGAUGACAUUUCUGACAAAGGAAGCAUACUGUAAGAGCCUUGAACUUGCUAGAGAAAUUAUAUCUGAUAGUAAAACCUUUUCAAGAAUAAUAGAUAUUAAGCCAAUUAGAGAGGACGACUACUCCCAAGUCUAUGAAGAUGUUUUAGAUUCAAAAACCCAUGAAAUUACUAAGGCUAAAGUUAUGUUCUUCAGAGAAAUCACCACUGUUCUCAAAAGUUUGCAAGAGCCAGGUUUGAGGAGGCAAUUCUUUGCCACUGCUCCAAAUGAAGAAGGUAUCUUCAUGCUUCUUGAUGACCUUCUGCAGGCACCCUUGUCUCAUUGAAAGCGUCUAGAAAAAAGACGUAAAGAUACAUUAAGAGGGCUUAAUGAUUUUAGGAGCAGACAAAGAAGGGUGUUGGAGGCAUGAUACAAGCCCCAUUAUCGGAUUCCAGAUAAUAUCUGUGAAUUGGUCAAGCUUUCUCUCGAAGUCUUUCAUGGAAUAAGUUCGUUGGAGCCAAACCAUAUGAUCCUGCAUAUAUACAGAACCUUUUCAAACUAUGGAAGAUCGAAAAUCUUUGAAAACCUUGCUUUCAUUCUUCUUCAUGCAAAGGAUGAGUAUAUAAAAGACCAGGUGUACCAUUUCUUGGCUGGUUGCUUCUGUCCAAUGAUUGAACCUGCAAACAAACACUUGAUCAUUGAAAUGCUAUUGGACCUAGUGUUGUUUAAGGUAUUUGUUCCUUACAUGGACCAGCCAGAAUGAAUGAGUUGAAAGAACUUGGAGGAGUACCACUACACUUGCUAUAUUAUAUGAAAAUGCGUAGCUUUAAUAUUUUCUUCGAAACAACCGAGCCAGUUUGUUUCCACAAAGUUAGCAAAAACUAACUUUGUGUGGAACUUAUCAAAGAUCUAUGCCUAUGCUCCCAAGUUCAUUCAAAUUGAGAUAAUUAAGCUUUUGAAGAUUCUGAUGAAACUCCGAGAUCCCAUAAUGCAAGAAGAGAUUAUAAAUAGCGACCUUUUGGCCAAGAUUGUGAUCACCUUUAGAGAGAACCUUGAGAAGAAAGGCCUUCUUUUUAGCCUAAUUAUAAACCUGAUGGAAGAAAUGACCUUCUAUCGCCUCUUUAGAAUAAGCACUUAUUUCUGUAAUCUUCUUCUCUGCAAUAACUCGAUUGAUUGAGCCGCGAUCCAGUAUUGAGAUAGACUCUUAGAGUUUGCUCAGGGUCAUCGGAGUUUCACAACCGGUAUCCAAUCCUUUGGCCAAAAAGGCUCAAAAACUCGGUCAAAAACUAUCAAAAGGAAAGAUUACAGACAUUGAAUUGAAGAUAUCUGCACUAUCUUCAGUUCAAACCGAAGUCGGCUAAAAGUGCCACUAUGAAACCCCAGAAAGCGUAAGAAAAGCAGCUCAGCCAUAAAGAAACCCAACGGCUUUAGCGAGAGAAGAGGCGAAAUGAUCACGUUCUUUGACAUCCUUGAAAUGCAAGGACUUAUUGAGCAUCCAGAGGAAGCAGAUAAUAAGAACCCCGCUUCUAUCAGAAAGAAAAGAAAGUUUAGGAAGAGACGUAAUAAAAGGAAAGGCUCAAAAAGUGCAUCCAAAUCUAGGUCUAAGCAGAAGAAAAAUAUCUGUAAUAAAAAAAACAAAAUUUUGAAGAAAGAUAAACCAAAUGGACAGAUUAAAUCAAACUCAAAAGCUGCUGAGAAAGCGAAAGAUUCAUUUAUUCAAGGUACAGAAGGAGGUUCUCUGACUCUAGUGCAAAUGAUGUGAACCUAUUUCAUAUACAUAAUGAUGUGUAUCCUCACUUUAAUGAUAUUCCAUUAUAUCCAAACUAAGCCCAAAAGAAAUGAACCCUUAGCCUCUGAAAUAUCUACUGAUCCUGAUUUAGAACGAUCAGCUUUUGAAGAUGAUGAGGAAGAAGAAGCACGGCAAAAUCAGCCUGUAUCCACCUCAUCUUCUUCAAUAGAAAGCCUAUCUCUACAAAAGCCAGCCAGCACAUCUUUAAACCAUCAAAAUCCUCAUAUCUCUGAACCUCCACAGCCCUCGAGCUCAGUGGCACACCUUAGCUCAGGUAAUGAAAACCCUAAAGACAAAAUUCUCGAAGAAAUCCCUAAAAAGUCAGGGUCAGAAUAAGGUCUCGAACAAGGCUUAAAAAGUUAUUAAUUUCAAUAUAAGAUUUU